AAAGUAUAGCUAGCUAUAGAUCAAUAAUUCAAGAUCAACCUCUCAAGCUUUAUUUGGAGCAUUAUACAAUAAUCUCAAAUAUGGAUGAGAAAUGGAAGCUACCGAAGAAGGAAAUCGGUUCUUCUUCCAAGUUCGCCUUCACGAGAAGCUCGUCCACAAGAAGCACUUCCUCCAAUGCACCACUUCUGUCAAGAAGCUAUUCUCAGAAAAGCAGCGUCUCUUCCAGUUCCAACUCCAAGUGCCCUCCUCUUCCACGGAGCUUCUCGCAAAAGAACCCUUCCAUAAGCCGAAAGUGCAGCAGCCUCGCCAAGGAACACAAGGCCAGAUUUUACAUCAUGAGGAGAUGUGUGGCUAUGCUUGUUUGUUGGCACAAGCAUGGAAGUGACUCUUGAGAAACACACUAUGAUUUUAAGUAAUUUCCAUCAUAUAUAUGUCAUCUUCC